AUGUCACGUCACGCUCAGAAAGAUGAAGAAGCUGGCGGGCCUGGGUUGGGGGUUCUAGAGACACGAAAGAGAUCUUUUCGUGACGCAGGUGGUAUCAUUGUGACCCGACCACGAAAGAAGUCGCAGAAACGCGAAAGCGCGCCGGAAUACCCCAGUAAGACGCGAACCCUCCAACUGGGCCAGGAUGCAUUUUCAGUCAGCGAGAGCGAGCCACAGCAGACUAUGUCUCCGCCACCAUCAGAGAUUCUUGAAAUCUCGCCCCAAGCUGCCUCGGUUUCGGAGGCGCAUUCUGGGAACAAGCAUUCAGACCAGCUCCCGGAUUAUGACGGAUCAUGGCUUCUUGACAAAGAGCAUACUGAGCUGGUAUUCUCUCAAGAUACUGCCCAGUCGUCGCAACAAGAAAAGGUCCAGGAUCCAAUUUCUUUGGAUGGCCUCUUUUACGAGGGCACAGGCAAGAGCUACUUUUGA